AGCAUUAAAGCCGCACGGCUACGUCCCUUGCUCCCCGCUCUCGUCGCUCCGUCCCCUGAGCUGCGAACAGAGCCGCCCCUCUUGCCUUUUCUCACUGCUACCACUUGCAUAUAAGCAGCGAUGAAGGGCAUCUCCAGCAUGUGGCCCUCAGGCCCGCAGGAUCAGACGACACCGCGCGCGGCUCCCACCUCAUCGAGAGCAGAGGAAGCGAAUCCGUUCGACUCGCUGCAACAGUCACAGGCGUCGUCCUCAUCUUCAUCAGCAGCUGCCGCCCAGGCACACCGCAAGAGUACGAGCGGCAACAGCAUGCUCGCCCUGGGCGUACCACGGACAGCCGCAGGCGAUAUGACGCCUUCGGGCCUCUUGACGCCCGGUGGGAACAUAGCGACGCAGUCUGCCAUUCCCACGACGUCGAUCUCGACACAAGCACCUGACUUCACUAUGAAACUCCCACCAGCAAAGCAGCGCCUAGAUGCCUCAUCCUCGUCAUCAAGUGCCUCCCCCACACGCAAUACAGCUGCGCCUCGAGGCCACCUGACCGUCAAAGUCAUCGAGGCACGCAAUCUCGCCGUCAGCUCAGCAUCGGGCUCAGCGCCGUACGCUGUCAUCUCCUUUGACAAGAACGAGUUCAUUGGAAGGGAACCAAUCGACCCGUCAAUGGCAGACGCCAUGGGGGAACCUGUGCCGAGACCGGAAGGAGCAGAGGCAGGCAACCGUACCAGAGCGAGGACCAUCACGCCCGCCAGUACGGCGGAAGAGGCCAACACUGCAGCAUCAUCGUCUUCGUCGCUCAAUGCUCACAACCCUGUGUGGAAGCAUCAAGUCACUUUCGACGUCACACAAGAAAAGCAGCCUGUCUACGUAAGCGUCUACGAUCGUCUGGCCGAAGAGGAGGGCUUUCUUGGCAUGCGCGUCAUCACCCCACGCUUCAUCCACAAGAUGUCCUCGGACCAGUGGUACCCGCUCCUUGACCGCGAUGAUGCCGAAGCAGGCGAACCAUCGCACAGCGCCGGAGAGAUCCGCGUCCAGGUGUCUUACGAGCGCCUCCCGGCCAAGAAGCUUACGCCAGCGGACUUUGAGUACCUCAAGCUCAUCGGGCGGGGCACGUUCGGCCGCGUCUUCCAAGUUCGCAAGAAGGAUACGCGAAGAAUCUACGCAAUGAAGGUUCUGUCCAAGCGCGAGAUAGCACAGAAGAAGGAGGUUACGCACACGAUGGGCGAGCGAAAAAUCUUGGAAAAGUCGCUCGAUUGCCCGUUCCUUGUCGGACUCAAGUUCAGCUUCCAGUCCGAGCAGGAGCUCUACUUCGUCACCGACUACAAGUCUGGCGGGGAGCUGUUCUGGCACUUGCAGCGUGAGGGGCGCUUCACAGAGGAGAGGGCAAGAUUCUACAUUGCAGAGCUGGUCAUCGCGCUCGGCCAUCUGCACAAGUACGACAUCGUCUACCGAGAUCUCAAGCCCGAGAAUAUCCUCCUCGACGCAACGGGUCACGUAGCGCUCUGCGACUUUGGGCUUUCCAAGCCUGACUUGGGCGCAGGGCAGCUCACCAACACCUUCUGCGGUACGACCGAGUACCUGGCACCCGAGGUUCUCCUGGACGAGUCGGGCUACUCCAAAUUGGUAGACUUCUGGUCGCUCGGCGUUCUCCUCUUCGAAAUGUGCUGUGGCUGGUCCCCCUUCUACGCCGAAGACACGCAGCAGAUGUACCGCAACAUCUGCUUCGGCAAGAUCAAGUUCCCUCGAGGCGCCAUCGGUGAUGAUGGUAAGCAAUUCGUCAAGGGCCUGCUCAACCGCAACCCAAAGCAUAGGUUGGGAGCAGGGCGCGAUGCGCAGGAUCUGAUGGAGCACCCCUUCUUCAAGGAUAUCGACUUUGAGGCAUUGGCAAGGAAGCAGCUUACCCCGCCGUUCAAGCCGCUAGUGGAGUCGGACGAGAGCGUGGCCAACUUCGACCCAGAGUUCACAGAGACGGACCUUGCUGAGGUGGCCAUGCUUGGUGGCGGCGACGAAGGGCUUGCCCAGGCGAUCGAGAAUGGAACCCUCCUCCCCGGGAGCGUGGACGCAGCAAACGAAGGCAGCGGCAGUAGCGGCAGUGGUUCAGCGGCUGCGGGAGGCUCAUCGAAGGCAGCAAGCACUGCCGGUGGAGCUAGUGGGGUCGCAGGCGCAACAUCAGCGAAGGGCAAAAAUGGUGUUGCGAUAAACAAGGCCAACGGCAACUCAGCAGAAGACGAUGCACUUUCGUCCAGCAUCCAAGACAAGUUCCGCGGCUUCUCCUACUCUGGCGACUAUGAUGGCUCGGUAGCAGGCUCACUCGCCAGCUCCUUCGGCGGCCGCCGCGGCUCAGGCGGCUUCGGGCUCGGCGGGGCCGCUCUGGGCAUGUCGAAGAUGGCUGUGCGAGAUGCUGAGGAGGGGCAAGAGGACGCGGGUGGAGAUGCCGAGGGGGAUGAGGUUAUGCGCUCCCCUACGACAGGCAGAGGCAAGUCGCAGCAGUAAGCAGCAUGCUCUUUUUGACCAUGUUCCGGUCGCUAUACAACUUUUUAACACCUUUUUGAGGAACACCAACGCUUCACGAACAAUUCCUACCGACCUCAUGCAGCUCCGGAUUCCACCCUCAUCGUCACGCUCUCUCUCCGGCCCCUCCUUCUACGGCCCGUCCUCCUACCUUACCGUACUCCAUCAUAUGGAUGUCAAGACUGGCCUCCCCUCUCGCUCUUUCGAAUGUGUAAAAAGACCACCUACAAUUACACUAGGAUCACGCUCCUUGCUGGCUCAUUGCGCUCUAUCCAUUCAUUCGGCUAUAUUGAAUAACAUCACACAUCUUAUCGCUGCGUCCUACACUCCUCGUGCAUUCGCAUCCCUG